UUCAGGGUGCUCUCCCUGUGCCAAAAGGGCGAGUACCCUGCCGUCGACCAGCUGCUCAAAAACAUCGACAAGCAUUACCAGGCCAACCCGCCUGAAGAUGGACUGCCCCCGCUAGCCGGAGUUCAAGAUCCCAUCAAUGGGAUGACGCCGCUGAUGUACGCGGUCAAGGACAACCGGACCUCGCUUGUUGACAAACUGAUCGACAUGGGCGUCGACCUGUCCGCGCGAAACCACAAGCCGCGCACAAAGGGCAUGAUGCGCUGGCAGAAGCUGUUCGCCCUGAAGAAGGGUCUGGACGAGCCGACGGCCAUCAACGAGUACUACAACAACAACCAAGCCAUGAAGCUGUUGCUUGUGCCGAAGACGGGUGCUGCGGGCGGCGAAAAGAAGGCCACCAGCCCCGGCGCCUCGGCCAGGAGGAAACGUGGCGACGACGAACCAAACCUUUUGGACAACCUGACGGUCAUCCACAUCGCGGCCACAUACUCGCGCGAGGACGUGGUCAAACUGCUGUGUUCCAAGAAGGCCAUUGACCUGACUGCAACUGGAGGAAAACUCCAACAAACGUGUGUUCACAUGGUGGCUGGCAGGAUGACCAGCACGGCCACAAACAUUGCCAAAGUGAUCCUCAACGUUGCACCUAAGGAGAUCAGACUCAAGCAGGACAUGAAUGGCAAAAUUCCGCUCUUCCUGGCCAUCGAAGCUGGCAAUCAGUCCAUGUGUCGCGAACUGCUGACCCACCUGGCGCUCGAGCAGCUCACGGUGAUCAACGACCGCGGCGACUCGGCACUCCACCUGGCCGCCAGAAAAAAGGACGUUGAGGUUGCCAGGAUUCUGGUCGAGUACGGCUCCGAAGUCGAUGCCCAAAAUUCUGAGGGGCAAACGGCCUUGCACAUAUCAGCUGACGUUGGCGACGACGCCAUGGUCAAGUUCUUCUUCGCCGUCCGGGCGAGUGCUUCCAUUAUAGACAAACAAGACCGGACGCCGAUGCACUUGGCCGCUGAGCGGGGCCACGCCAGUAUCAUCGAGGUUCUGGUGGACAAGUUCAAAGCGUCCAUCUGGGAGCGCACCAAGGACGGCAGCACCCUGAUGCACAUCGCGUCCCUGAACGGGCACGCCGAGUGCGCCACGAUGCUCUUCAAAAAGGGCGUCUACCUGCAGAUGCCAAACAAGAAGGGCGCGCGCAGCAUCCACACGGCCGCGCGCUACGGCCACGUCGGCAUCAUCAGCACCCUGCUCAACAAGGGCGAGAAGGUUGACGUCAGGACAAAUGACAACUACACGCCGCUUCACAUUGCCGUCGAGUCGGGCAAACCAGCGUCGGUGGAGACGUUGCUCGGUUUUGGUGCCGAGGUGCACGUCAAAGGUGGCACCCUGCUCGAGACGCCGCUGCACAUCGCGGCUAGAGUAAAGGACGGUGACCGGUGCGCCCUGAUGCUUUUGAAAUCAGGGGCCGGCGCCAAUGUGCCCACCGACGACGGCCAGACACCGGUGCACGUCGCGGCGAAAUCUGGCAACCUGGCCACUUUGCUGCUGCUGCUCGAGGACAACGGCGACCCUUUGAGGACUUCCAAAAUUGGCGAGACGCCGUUGCACCUGGCGUGUCGUGGGUCCCGCGCGGACGUGGUGCGACACCUGAUCACCUUUGUCACGGCCACCAAGGGCAAGUCGGUGGCCAUGCAAUAUGUGAACGCCGUGAGCGACGAAGGCGCCGGCGCCAUCCACUACGCGGCGCAGGUGACCAAGAAGGAGGUCGAGAAACCCAUGGAGGACCGAGAGGUCAUCAGGUUACUCCUUGAGAGUGGCGCCGACACCACGCAGACCACCAAAACGACGCAAGAAACGGCGUUUCACUACUGCGCGCACGCCGGCAACAACGACGUCCUUUGCGAGAUGAUUUCGCAUCUCUCGCAGACUGAAGUGCAGAAGGCGCUCAACCGACAGACUGACAAGGGCUGGACGCCACUGCUCAUCGCCUGUUACCACGGACAUAUGGAACUGGUUCAUACCUUGCUUGCCAAUCACGCGAGGGUGGACGUUUUCGAUCUGGAGGGUCGCUCGGCGCUGCACUUGGCCGCUGAGCACGGCUAUAUCAAUGUGUGUGAUGCCCUUUUGCAGCACAAGGCGUUCAUCAACAGCAAGUCGCGAAUCGGCUACACUGCCCUUCACAUGGCUGCGCAGAAUGGCUACACCCAGUUGGUCAAGUCGCUCAUCAAGGACCACGGCGCCGUCAUUGACGUCCUGACUUUGAAAAAGCAAACGCCUCUUCAUUUAGCGGCCUCGGACGGCCAACUCGAGGUUUGUCGACUGCUCUUGGAACUCGGCGCCAGCAUCGACGCCACCGACGAACUUGGCCAAAAGCCCAUCCACGUCGCCGCGCAGAACAAUUACUCGGCCGUCGUUGCACUUUUCCUUCAGAAACACCCUCAACUUGUUGGUGCCAACACCAAGGACGGAAACACCUGCGCGCACAUCGCUGCAAUGAGAGGCUCGGUCCGUGUGAUCGAGGAGCUGAUGAAGUUCGAUCGUCAGGGUGUGAUUUCUGCAAGAAACAGAGUCACAGAGGCCACCGCUCUCCAACUGGCUGCCGAGGGUGGUCAUGCUGAGGUUGUCAAAGUUUUGGUCAAAGCCGGCGCUUCUCCCAUUGAGGAGAACAAAGCUGGUUUGACGGCCGUCCACUUGGCCGCCCAGAAUGGCCACACGGCCGCCCUCGAUGUGUUCGCCACCUCCAACCUCAGGGUCAACAGCAAGAAACUCGGCGUCACCGCUCUCCACGUUGCUGCUUACUUCGGACAAGCAGAUACGCUGCGCGAGUUAUUGGCUCACGUGCCUGGAACUGUCAAAUCUGAGGCGCCUAGUGGUGAGGGUCUGGUCGAGGAGCUCGGCUCGGAGUCAGGAAUGACGCCGCUCCACCUUGCCGCCUACUCAGGCAAUGAAGGCGUCGUCCGGCUGCUCCUCAACUCGGCCGGUGUACAGGUCGAGACGGCCACCACCGAAAACGGCUACAACCCACUUCAUCUGGCCUGUUUCGGUGGACACAUUGCGGUGGUCGGUCUGUUACUCAGCAGAGCGGCCGAUUUGCUUCCUAGUACAGACAAACAUGGCAAGACUGGUCUUCACAUAGCCGCCAUGCACGGCCACUACGGCAUGGUUGAGGUGUUGCUUGGUCAGGGCUCCGAAAUCAAUGCUACUGACAGGAAUGGCUGGACUCCUCUCCACUACGCAUCACGAGCCGGUUGCUACGACGUUGUGGUCCUUUUGACUGACAGCGGCGCCUCUCCAAAGGCCGAGACCAACUAUGGCAGUGCCCCAAUCUGGUUCGCCGCCUCCGAGGGUCACUACGACGUCCUCUACUACCUCAUGCACCGAGAGCAUGACACCUACGCGCUAAUGGAGGACAAGAGGUUUGUGUACAAUCUGAUGGUGUGCAGUAAAAACCACAACAACCGGCCCAUCGAGGAGUUUGUGUUGGUGUCGCCGGCCCCAGUGGACGCGGCAGCAAAGCUCUCAGCCAUUCUCAUCAACCUUUCCCAAAAGGAAAAAGAACGUGCCAAAGAUUUAAUCGCAGCAGGCAAGCAGUGUGAGGCGAUGGCCACAGAGCUGCUGGCGCUCGCUGCCGGCGCCGACUCGGCUGGCAAAAUUCUCAACGCCACCGACAGACGCAACGUAGAGUUUCUAGAGGUGCUCAUCGAGAACGAGCAGAAAGAGGUGAUUGCACACACAGUUGUCCAGAGGUACCUGCAGGAGCUGUGGCACGGCUCUCUGCAAUGGGCCUCUUGGCGAACUAUGCUCCUCUUUGCAGCCUUCAUCUUCUGCCCACCCGUCUGGAUGGUCUUUUCCCUGCCCCUAGGCCACAGGUUUAAUAAGAUUCCCAUAAUUAAGUUCAUGUCGUACCUGACGUCGCACAUAUACAUGAUGUUCCUGCUAACGCUGGUCGCCAUCACCCCUUUAUACCCUGUGGUCAGAGCAACCCUUUUGCCCUACUGGUAUGAGUGGACGCUGCUUGUGUGGUUGUCAGGGUUGCUACUCUUCGAGUUGACCAACCCCAGCGAUAAGAGCGGUCUUGGCUGGAUUAAAGUCACAGUGUUGGUGUUUGGGGUUUUCGGGGUGGCGUUCCACUUGAUGGGGCUGUUGAUCGCGCGCCCCUACUGGCCCACCCUGAUGUACCUGCGCAACCAACUGUUUGCGAUCGCCUUCCUGCUCGCCGCCGUGCAGAUCCUCGACUUCCUUAGCUUCCACUACCUGUUCGGCCCCUGGGCCAUCAUCAUCGGCAACCUGAUGAAGGACCUGGCGCGCUUCCUUGCCGUCCUCUGCAUUUUCGUGUUCGGCUUCUGCGGUUGCGUAGUUGCGCUGAAUCAACCUUUUCGCAAUCAAACGCCCGAGGAGAUCAAGAAGAACCAGCGACCCAUCGCUUACACGGGACCAUUCUCAGAGGUUAAGCUGAAUCCAAUAAGUGCCUUCGAAAAGCUUUUCUUCGCUGUGUUUGGCCUGACCAACUGGGACAACCUUCAGAUCAAAGCAAUGGACAAAAAGUUCGAGCAGCCAGAGUGGACGAGCAUCCUCUUCAAACUCGUCUUCGGAACGUACCUGCUCGUGUCAGUUGUGGUGCUGAUCAACCUGCUCAUUGCUAUGAUGUCAGACACUUACCAACGCAUCCAAGCGCAAUCUGACAUCGAGUGGAAGUACGGUCUUGCCAAACUCAUUCGCCACAUGCAUCGCACCAACACUGCACCUUCGCCCCUCAACUUGGUCACCACAUGGUUCAUUUAUAUCCUGCGCUUCUGCAAGACGAAACUCAAAAGGAGAAAAAGACCGAGUUUGGUCGAGAUGGUCAGCAUGCAGCGCAACCGUAUGUCGGCGCGCUCCAAAGUGGCCGCUAAGUGGCUGUCUAAGGUCAAGAAAGUUCAGGUUCAACCGAGAGCAGGUAGGAAAGACUCUACUGCUUUGAGUGUGGCCCCAAUCAGCCCUCUUGGCUCGCAGUUGAGCUUCAACAACCAGCAGCGCAUCGAAAGCGUAGCCGACUGGGAGACGAUUGCCAAGAAGUACCGCGCAAUCAUGUGGCCCGAGGAAGAGGAGCAUGCGGCGGCCGCCGACAAAGCAGGCGGCCACAGACCACCCUCGGCCUCCCACCAGAAGGUCAACGAGCAGCAGUCGGGGACACAAGCAGCCCCCACCGGUUAACAGCAAAAACUUUUUCAAUGAUUCUUCCUCUUGUGCUAGUUUUGAUGAAAUUUUAGUUUCAUCUUGAUCGUCCGUCUCUUCUCUAAAAACUUGU